CUGGAACAGGUGCUUUUUAAACAACAAAUGAGUGAGGGAGAGGUGUUGCCAGCUCUAUUUAAAAUGUUCGAUUAACAAAAAAAAUUGGUAUAUGUAUAAUCAAGACUGUUUGAGAUAAUAUCUUUUUGUAAACAAACCGUAGGCACAUUUUUUUUUUUUACAUUCUACAUACUGUUCAAUUUGCAGGAAAAUUUAACCUGCGGUUUUCGCGCAAUGCACUGACUUUGAGAAUAGCCAUUUUGAGUUUAUUUCAAUUUGACAGUAUAUUUUCUUGGCCAGCUUGCAUAAUCACAACAAAUACUAUUUAUAUGGCUUACGUUUUAUUUAUUUAUUAGUUGGAAGACACGAGUUUUAAAAAGGUUUGCCUGUGAACUUUUUUUCCACUGUUAGCUUAUUUUUAGGUCUUGAAUUUACCAAAUUCAAAUGACCAGUUGAUUAAUUACAGAAAGCAAAGGGGGAACAAAAAGUGCAAAUCUAGGUUUGAAUUACAAAGAUGCUCCCAUCGACGAGGAGAGUUAAAUUAAACCGAAACGUGCUUAAAAUCGAAGGCAGUAAUGUGCCUAAACGGAGACGGUCUUUUCAUUCGUUGCACAAGGCUACUGGCGAGGCAAACGGUGGUCCUAACACGAUGUCAAAAGAUUUGGAUUGCUCUCUACAAACCGAUGACAACAGUGAAGUGACAAUAAAUGAUUAUUCUGUUUUGAGUGACACUGAGUCAUACGUAUUGAAGUCAGAAAAUAAUGUACCCCUCCACUUGGUGAAAGAAAACGGACACCUUGAUAGCCAGGUUGCUGUUGUGGAAAAACCAGCUACUGUUGCUCCAGACAGUGAGGAACAGACUUCAACUCCAUUGCGUGAAGGUAUGGCCCUAUCAAAAAGAAAUUAUUUUAAAUGUAAGGGGAAAAUAAGUACUGGGAAUAACUUUGAGGUGAAACUAGAGGAGCCGUGCACUAGAAGUAAAUAUGUCCAGGCUAAACUCGAAGGACCUCUCACAAGAAGUAAAUCGGCAACUAGGCCAAAUGGGGUGACUGCGGGCCACAAAGACUUCUGUUGCAGGCUUCAGUUAGCUCUGUGUUUUUGCAGUGGAGUUUCCAACAACAAACGGACAGAAAACAACGAGCACCUUGAACAGGUCACCUCCAUGGGUCUGAACUCUAGGCACGUUUCUUACUACAUAAAGAGCGGCCUAUCUGUGAAGGCAAAAGAGAAUCGCGAUUUUGCUCCCAGCAAACAGCCAGCUGUGGUGGCAAAGAAGAUCGGUAGGGAGUCGGUGCAGAGAAUAACGCGAUCAACUGAGAGCAGAAAGAAAAUAUAUUGGUCAAAUCUAGGGGUAAAAGAUUCGCAUCAAGCUCGAUCAGGAAAAAUAAGAGAGGUUUCGGCAAAUAAACGUGUCAGUGCUACUUUGAAACCGCUUCAAGGGCAAGGGAGGAAAGGAAAGUUGAAAGUUGAGAAUGUUGAAGCUGCCGCGUCAGUCAAAUGUGCAGGGAGAGAACCAAGAUCUACCAACGCCGGGCAAGAUGCUGGCCAGGACGUAAAAAGGAUAUUCUCGCUACCUAAUGGGAUUUCAAAUAUUUAUAGGAGUCCUAUUGUUACACGCAGUCACACCAAACCCCCUGGUGCAAAGCAGUCAGUUGGGAGAGUGGUCAAAGCCUCAUGCUGUGCUCUGUGUGGUGACAUUAAAUACACAGCCCCUAAGCAAAAGAAACUGUCCGGGGCUGAGCCAGUGGGAGUGUCAGGCAGAAGCAGAGCCGGCGUCGUCAGCAGAGUAGCUGGGUCGGAGAAACCUAAGGUCAGGGUUAAAGCCAGGAAGACCAACACCUCCAUGGUAAAGGCCCCCAAGAAGUUGGUGAUCUGGAUAGGGAGGUACCCCAAGGUCAAGCUCUGCGACAUAGCCCAAGUAUGUGACGUCUUGGUUGGGGACUUUUCCUGCCUGCUGCCAACCAAGCUUCUAACGAACAAAGUGGUGCGUUGUUUCAAACAGGACUAUCAGAGAAACGUUACUCUGUUAGGGCCUAGUUGCAGUGGAGGGGGCCAUGGAAGUGAGAUGGCCAGAGAGCCCCCUGUUAGGAAAAUAUCCCAUCACUCCUCUCAGUGUGGGCAAAGUUUUGGUCAGCUUCAGAACCUGAGCAAUCAACAGUGCAUGCACACAGGGGAGCACGGAUUCGCUGAGGUCUCAACCAAUCAUUCCGCUUCUCUUGUUGCCUCAGAGGGCGGGACCUCCAAAGCCUUCAACAAUAGUUUUGCUUCUCUCUCAAUAGGUAAGCAGCAGGUGAACAGGGGGGUGAACGAGGCUGAAACACGUGACAGCAACUCAUUGGAAGACUCAGGAUCAGGAAGUGAUGUUGUAGAAGCAGAAAGGAUUGCUGAUGUCACAGGGAAGCCGGUUGCUAAGAGGAUGAGAUUAGUUGUCAAAGGAGAUAUGACGGAACAAAAACAAUCAAAUAUUAACAAACCACCGCUGCAUUCUGGGCUUGCUACGUCUUCCCUCAGAGGCAAUGGGGAGGGUUCUGAGCCCCUGUGUGACGUAAAUCUUAUCCAUACCAACGCUGUUGAUGCUCCUGUGAGAUUACAAAUCUCAGGGGUACAAGAUGGCAGCCAGAGGCAAGGACCUGGCAGGUGUGACGGAUCUCUGCAGUCCCCUGCAGUCGAGACGCUGUCCACAUGGCCCGAGAAUGGGACGGGUGAGGACCCAAGCCUGUUCUCCUGUCGUAGAGUAGUUCCCUACAUGAAGAGGACGCCGCUGUCCUGCGCUCGCACUUACCUCACCUGGCCGUUCCCCAAACCUGACUCUACGCUUUUAUGUCCCGCUACAUCGCCUGUCCACAAUGCCAACGGAACCCCGACGUCCUCAGCAGAAUCUGGGAGUAAUGGCAACGCCGCAGAGGAGGAGGGACUCGAUGGCAACAAUCCACCCAAACCGUCUAUGUCCACCCUCCCCAUCCCAGCUAAAAGCCAGACUGAUACAGAUGUGGAUUAUUUUGUUUCAUCUAGUCUCUCUCGAGCUGAAAAACAUAUUGUUUCUAGACUUUCUUCUUCCGUCUCCACCGUCUCUUCACCCAAAGACUGUAGUGAUGCCCCCCUCACUAGCUCACUUGACCCAGCCUCCACCCCCUCGUCUGUAGCUCUCAUUGGUGACACACCCAACCCCUCUCCUCAUCUCUUGCCUACAUCCCAAGACCUGUGUACCCCUAAAAGGACAGACACAGGUGAGGCAGAGGCUAUGUUGAAUAAGACCCGUCCUUCAGCUGUAGGCAGUGAGACAGACGCCGCUUCCAUUCACUCUGCAGAGACAUUCCUCCUUCUACCCGGCUUAUCAAGUCUUUCAGCUGAAUCCUCCGUUCUUCCAUCCAGCUCCUCUUUUCUUCUGCCCCAAGAAGAGAGUGAGAGAUUUGAGGAUCAGAGAAAAGAGGGAGAUGAUCGGAAAGAAGAGACUGCUCGGAGUAUCGAUGAGAGGGAGGAUGAACCGGAGGUCUUGCCAGGCAGUCUGGCUUCUAGCCCUGAAAACCAGGAGCAGCGGCGUCAAGAUCAGAGCAGGAGUAGCAGCUUGCCACUCAGCAGGUCCCACGAGGGAGAGGCUGAAGCGAUCACUAACUUCGCCCCUGAGAUCCUCCGAGGUCCAACGCCAAGGCUGUGCUUAACACGCGUGUGGCUGCAGAGAUGCUCAGAAGAUGGCAACACCGUAAAUGGAAAAGAAAAUGGAGAAGAUCAGAAAGAGGCGCUACCGUGUGCAGAAGUGGUAACACAAGCCCAGGCCUCUGCCACGGAUGAGGACGAUGGUAGAGAUGAUGACGAAAGUACGUGUGAUGAAGAGGAGCAGUCACAGUCUUCUGGAGUGGAGAAUCAAGAGUCUGUUGUUAAAACCCAAAGUAAGUGGUUCUACAACCCGAGUAAGGCAACCUUUUGUACUAAGGUCAGUGCUGAGAACCAGGAAGCUGGCACGGUUUCCUCAUCCAGAUCAUCCAGUCAAAACCAGGAAAUGGCGGUCAGUGCUGGGUCACAGUUCGUGACAGCUAGAGACACCAAAGCUGACCUCUUGGAUGAGUUCACUGCCUACGAGCAGGACAUCUUGGUUGUGGAUGUUCUCCUGGAUGACCCAGAGCUGUUUGGCAGAAUGCAGCCGGACAGUGUUCCGGUUCUGGCUUCAACUCGAGGAAGGGCCCCUAGAGCCAGGACCACGAUCGGGGCAGAGGGAGACAGCGGUGCUGGACCGUUAUGGGCCACUGAUAAAAGUUCUACCACAUGUACAGAGGGUCUUGCUGGUUUUAAGAGUGACCAGAAAACAAUGAUCCACUUUAAAGCUGAGCAAAGCACAGGGCGGUCUUGGAGACCCGUAGCCAGGUCCAGUCCCAUUUCUGCACUGGUCCACAGCAGUAGCUGGCCUCCUUCUGACCGUGCACUCUGUCCAGGCCAGUGUGGAACAGACUGGAACAAUAACGGCUACAGCCCUGGGAAGCCCAACAUCUCAGAGAGAGCUCUGGCCAUCCAGCCUGUGCGCUCAUUUAAAAGCUCACUGCCUUCCAUGAUGACUGGAAACUCCUGGUGCAAUGGACGUAAAGCCCCGGCCACAGCAACAGAAACAGGCCCUCAAAGACACAUUGACUCCUAUUGCAAGUACUAUUUCAGCUUGUCAGGAUGUUUUCAUAAGACCUGUUGGUUCCUCCACGUGCCUAAGAAAGGAGAUGAGAAGUUCUGUGUGGAUGCAGUGCUACGAUUGGUCAGGUCUUCUGACACUGUCUGUCUGCUGAGGGCAGUGUCAGUGUUUACGUCAUACUACCAGUCCAGUCCACCUGGUGUCUACUACACCCCUCUGAUUCUGGCUUCCCUCCUGACUGCUCUGCUCAAAGCUGGCUUCUUGUCUGACAUCAUCAAUGUGCUUCAUGUCAGCACUGCCCACAACCUGCUGCCCAGUUCAGAGAUUCUCCUGGCACUGUUUGACUAUGUGAGGGAGAACGACCAGUCGGUCUUACCUGAACUCAUUCAACUCACCUCAAAGUCAACCCAAACACACCCAAACAAGUCUGCUGGCAACUCCACAAACCAACACGGCAACCUCAGAUCAGUGGUCCCUCCUGAAGCCCGGAGUUUGACCCGUGCUGCCAUGGAAGUGGAGUUUUGUGCCCAGCAUGAGGACUGGGUGAGGUUGGGUGUGGUCUUCCGCUCUGUCUGCCAUUCCUACAGAAGUCUGGCCGAGCUGCAACAGUUCAGCGGCCGGGUUGCCAUAGCGCUGCUCACGGAGACUAAAGACAAGCUGGCCUUGCCUUUCAUCACCUUCUCUGAGACGGUUUACCAGGAGACUGAGGAAUGGGAGCACGGCCUGAUGAAGAGUUUCUUGGGGAGAAUUGGAGUCUCUCUGAUGUACAGGUACCACAAGACCCAGCAAUGGACCAAGGGUCGGAGGCUGGUGGAGGUGUUGUCCAAGUUAAAGGUGAACUACUCCACCCUUAAGGGACUGUUUGGUAACGAGGACGGAGCAUCUCGCUGUUGCCUGGUCACCAUAGCAACAGAGCUGUUCCUCAGGAGUGACAGUGUGGAGGGGGCGCUCAACACGCUUAGAGCUCCUUCUGCAGAUAACGAGUGGUUCCUGAGUUCGUGUGUGUGGCCAUGUUCGAGGGAGGACAUGACCGAGAGAAGGAAAGUUCUGGUUCAACUGGCUGAGAAAACAUCCCACAGAGACACCCUUGAGGUCCUGACUAACCUUCCUGGGCUAAAGGAACCAGCUGAGCUAGCAGACGCCUCCACCCACGAGAAUCUGUUCAACGGUCAUCUGAAGUCGUGUGUGGACAGGCAGUCGGUGGCCGUGGCCGCGGACACGCUGGACUUCAUGUUGUCUAAGGGCAUCGCUGUCGACCUUCCUCUGCUGCACGUUCUGAUGCACAAACUGGGCAAGCAGAACAUCUGGCUGCGGGCACGAGCCCUCUUCAAACGGGCCCUGUCUCUGGGCUACUACCCUGAUGUGAAGGCUCUGCCGGGCUCACUGGCCCUGACCGUGCCCUGUUCCCUGGGGGUGAUGGAGAUGGCUCUGGCCUUUGAGAUGGUCAUCACUCUCAACGCUGCAACCAUCCUCAACACAGCAGACAAACUGCAGCCUAUCACCAUCACACUCAAAAGGACAGGAGAGGGUGAGAGUGAGUACUUGGCAGCAGGAAGCUGCCUCCUCUCGGCUGCGAUCGUCCCUAAUCCCAAGCUGACUGUCCACUACACGGCGGUUAACUCCUGUCAGGAACAGUUGUUCACUAUGGAUGGGCAGGCUACACGCCGCUGGCUCCGACACAACCACACCUGGGCCAACGAUGCCUGGACUGGAAUCGACCAACGCUCCCAGCCUGCGGUGGCCAACCAGUGUUCCCUCUAACUGGCUAAUAUGUUCUGGGAAUACCGGAAUGUUUUGGCACAGGAAAACCUUGGUGUUAGUUUUGUUUGUUUUUCCAAAUUGUUGAUUGGAUUGAAUUUGAUGUUACUUAUUGAUUUCAGAGUUCUCAAAUUUUAGCCUGAUUAUGCCUUUUGUUUUACCUUUGUGGCACUUAAAUGUUUCUAUGAGCCUAGAUUUGACUGUUUUGUGUAAGGAAGAAAAGAUACUGUAUUGUUAUAAAGAAUCAAACAAGGUUCACAUCUCUGAUAUGCUUUCACUGUGAUUUCUUUGAGAUUGUCAAACUGAUGUUUUGAUACUUGAUGACAUGACUAUAUAUUACUUCAUUGUUUUCUAAUUGUUUAACAAUUCAAUGCUUUUCCUUAGAACUUUCAAUUCUGUGUUUCCUUGUUACUUUACAUUCUCUGUUUCCUUGUUACUUUGUGAUUGUCGAGAACCCGGUUCUCCGUUCUGAUUCUCGCUCGUUUUAAGCGAUGACAGCUUUUCAAUGUAGUCUACUACCUAAGGUAUGAUGCGUGGUUUCAUAAAACAUAUGGUUAUUCUGGGGGAAAAAACUGAAAGCUAUUCAGUUUUUAUUUUGUUUCUCUUUACAAAAGUAAACUAAUACAAUAUCAGA